AUGUGGUCUCUCCUUUGGACGCUUCUGGCGUUCAACAAUGUAGCAAUUGCAUUCAAGUUCAGCAGCUUUGAUCAGGAGAUUCGAAGCAUAAGCGUGCUGAACGGCUCAGAAGAUGCCGAGACCGAUGCGCAGAAGAUCAUUGCAGCAGUCGACAGAUGCCUGAGCAAACGGAUGAUCGCAGCGGAGAUGGACGACUGGAAGCUACAGAAGCUUGACAAGGUCAGGCGAGCAGAGAUCGUGAUGCGACUGGUGCGUGAGAACAUCACUUUGGAGGAGUUCGGCACCGAAUGGGUGGACGACGUCCCGACGAUUGAGGCCACAAAAAUGGCUGGGAGACAGGCAGCUGAGGAGAUUGCGCACAAGGAGUUCUCUGAAACCAUCGCACGGACACUGUCCGGCUCGAACCUCAGCCAGGCAGCUGUGGAGGAAUUCGCGGCCAAGCUGCAGGACAUGGCGGAGAUGUGUGGCAAGGGAGAUGAGGGGAAGGAGCUGGCGCAGGAUGAGCUGAAGCUCCUGAAGGGCAACACAAACAUGUCCGCCAUGGAGUCCACAGUGGCGCACGAGCAGCUCGGCAUGCAAUGGAGGCUGGCCGAGCAUGUGGAGAACAUGUGCCAGGUGAAUGUGCUGGACACGGACUUCUUCGUCACGCGUUUGGGCGAUCCUGCUGAUUGCAGUGAGCUGAUCGGCGCUUCCCUACUUUCCAAGAUGCGCAAGGAAGCACAGAAGCUGGACUACUACGCCAAGUCCAGUGUGGUGCUCCAUAAUGAGAAGAACGGCGUUGGCCAUCACUUUGUGAAGUUGCUGAAGGGCCAGGGAGAGGACUUCAAGGCCCGCUUGCUGAAUGCCACGGCUGAGCAUGCGGAGCACCUUCCAAGCAUGGGCCGCUUGCGGUUGUUGGACUUGAAGCAUUUUGAGCAUGUGCACGGCUACUCGGUGGAGAAGUAUUGCGAUGGCAACCUUCACUCCAAGGAAGCUGCUGAGUGGGUCCGUGAGAGCUCUGAGAUCCAGCGCUAUGUGGACUGCCUUUGCAUUCGUCAACAGCCCUCUUUGCUGUGCGACUUUCAGCACUUGGAUGAACUGGAAUCCAUUCGGCCUGCAGUCAUGGAGCGCCUCUAUGCUGCCCAAAGGUCUGUAUCCAGCGCUGACUUGCUGCAGGUCGCAGAAGGGCUCAAGUCAAAGGGCAUCGGCCUUGGGCCUUGCCUUUCCGGCGGCGGCAUCUCUUGCAACUUCUGCGUGAGCGGCCAGUGCAUCGACCAAGGUGGAGGCUUCUCGAUGGAUCACUUCUCGGCCCUGACCUCGCUAAUCAAGGGGCCCAGCGGUUGCCUCUCCGGCGAUUGCUCAGUGUGUAUGGGCCUGAAGCCAGGCGACGCUCUUCAGUUCAUCUUGAGCUUCGGGGUAGCCAUGGCAUGCAGCAACGCCGCUGCGAUGUUUACCAGCUUCCACAUCUGGGCCGCCCUAACCCUCUGCAUCGGAGGUGUGCUCGGAAAGAUUGCCAGUGCCAUUGGCUGGUCGGCUUGUGCAGGCCUGGCCCACGUCGGCUAUUUCCCAUUCAUCAACAAAAUGACCAUCACGCUCUCGCUGCCUAUUUUCAUCCCACCACCUCUCGGACUGGCGGCGCCCAUCGAGGUUAAUUUGAAUCUCGGUGACCUAACCCCGGCCGUGUACAACUACUGCAGCGGCCUUGGCCAUGGGGAGUACAACUGCCUUCAGAGCAUGUUUGAUGCCCGUGGGCCCACUGGUGUCAGCAUGGGUGUGGACGUGCUGCUUGGGGUCCAAAUCCCUGUGCUGGGCACCGUCGGGAAAUGGGUGCGGAUUUUGGGUUUCGACAUGGCGGAGAAGGAUAAUUCCAGGGAGCUGGCGAUGAAUAAGGCUGGGGUCACCAUCGAGUACAUCGGCAAAAGUUCCAGUGCAGUGGUGUGUGGGAAGACUUUCUCCAAUGUCAACUGCGUCCAGCAUGCAGGCGAUCCAGGCUUCCGUGCCAACACCCAGGACAAUCACAAGGGUGACCGCUUCCAUGUCUAUCGCAACCCUCACGACCCGCAUGAUCCUCGGGCAUUAUGUGUGAAACGUGUGGAUAGGAACUCUGGAUGGGGCAUGGAGCUUGAGCUGGCCUGCAAGGUAGACAACAAUCAAGGCGGUGGGGGCGGCAUCCUGGUCCCAUUGGGCAAGACGGUUCACAACAAGAAGUGUGUGAUGCCUCCGGAGCCUGUGUUUUGCCACGGUCAUCAAGUCGACUACGUGGUGCAAGAUGUGAACCUGGGGAAGAGCAAAACCAACUACCGCUGCAUUUUGCCAACGCAUCGCAUGGAGUGUGACCACGAUGCCGGCAAUGCGGACAAGCGAGCCAAUGAGCACAAGAACUCUGACACCUUCACCAUCUGGAACUCUCACACGCAGCAUCUGUGUGCCAGGCGGACGGACAAGCACUCGGGAUGGGGCAUGGAUUUGAAGAUUCAGUGCAAACAGUAUGAAAAGCUGUGGGACAAGGUGAAGGUGACGAUUGGUGGCAGUCAUCACAAUGAAAAGUGCGUCCCAGAACCAAGAAAGAACAUCCGCUGUGAUGAUUUGGCCGCUAACCGUGAGUAUCGCUUUACUCGAACUGAAAAGGGUGACAGCUUCUAUGUUUCCCAGAGGAAUGGGCACGUUUGUGCUCGCCGCACUGAUUCACACGGCGGCUGGGGCAUGAACUUGGAGAUCGAGUGCAAGGCGCUGCUAGGUCCGUUUUUCGAGGUCCACAUAGGCCCAGCCUUCACAGCAUCUGGCUACAAGUGUGUCUUGCCGACUCACCACGUGGAGUGCGAUGCAGACGCGGGCGACAUCCACAAGAGGCUCAACCCCUCCCCUCACCACAACACCUUUACCAUCUGGGCUUCGCAUACCCAUCACAUCUGUGCCAGGCGCACAGACGCGCCAGGAGGUUGGGGAAUGGAUCUGAAGAUUCAGUGCAAGCCCAGCGGCGGGAAGCGUUGGGACCCGGUCGACGUGAAUGUAGGUGCUAGCCACACCAACGAGAAGUGCGUGCCGUCACCAAACAGCCGGGUCAGAUGUGACUACUUGGCUGCAAACCCUGAAUACCGCAAGACGGCAACCCAGUAUGCGGACUCUUACCAUGUGGAGCACAAGGGCAACCAGAUCUGCGUGCGGCGGACUGACCAGCCCACGCUUGGCUGGGGAGCUGGCAUCGUCAUGGAGUGUAAGCAGUUGCCAGUCGAUGGAAUGGAGGUUUAUUUCGGCCCAGGACACACGCACUCCGGCUACCGGUGUGUCUUGCCGACUCACAAGCUGGAGUGUGAUGAAGAUGCGGGGGACAUCCAGAAGAGGCUUAAUCCCUCCCCUCACCACAACACCUUUACCAUUUGGACUUCGCAUACCAAUCACAUUUGUGCCAGGCGCAAAGAUGCGGCAGGAGGUUGGCAGAUGGACCUGCGGAUAGACUGCAAGAAAGGACAAAAGCUCUGGGACACAAUUGAGGUGGACAUUGGUUCUAGCCACACCAAUGAGAAGUGCGUGCCGUCACCAAACAGCCGGGUCAGAUGUGACUACUUGGCUGCAAACCCGGAGUACCGCAAGACGGAAACCCACUGGCCGGAUUCCUACCAUGUGGAGCACAAGGGCAACCAGAUCUGCGUGCGGCGCACUGACCAGCCCACGGUUGGCUGGGGAGGUCGCAUCGUCAUAGAGUGCAAGGAGAUGUUUCAGUGA